CAGCCUCCAGCCCGGACUGCUCCGCCUGCGCUCCAGCGGCCGCCUCCCUCCGCGCUCCGCGUCCUCCCGUCGCCCCCGCGCCGGGCGGCUGCCUCCCUCCGAGGACCCGGGCGGGGGCUCGCCAGGCUCGGCCGGGAGGCGUGCAUGCCCCGGCUGCCCGCGGCGCUCACCAGCAGCAUGCUCUAUUUCCAGAUGGUGAUCAUGGCAGGGACGGUGAUGCUGGCGUACUACUUCGAAUACACCGACACGUUCACCGUGAACGUGCAGGGCUUCUUCUGCCACGACAGCGCCUACCGCAAGCCCUACCCGGGCCCGGAGGACAGCAGCGCCGUGCCCCCCGUGCUCCUCUACUCGCUGGCCGCCGGGGUCCCCGUGCUCGUGAUAAUAGUUGGAGAAACAGCUGUGUUUUGCCUACAACUUGCAACAAGAGAUUUUGAAAAUCAGGAAAAAACUAUUUUAACUGGAGACUGUUGCUACAUAAAUCCACUGGUGCGCCGAACUGUCCGAUUUCUUGGAAUUUAUACAUUUGGACUGUUCGCAACAGAUAUCUUUGUAAAUGCUGGACAAGUCGUUACAGGAAACCUGGCUCCACAUUUUCUUGCCCUGUGUAAGCCCAACUACACAGCACUUGGAUGCCAGCAGUACACACAGUUCAUCAGUGGGGAAGAGGCUUGUACUGGGAAUCCAGAUCUCAUCAUGAGGGCAAGGAAAACAUUCCCAUCCAAAGAAGCAGCUCUCAGUGUCUAUGCAGCCAUGUAUCUAACAAUGUACAUUACCAACACAAUCAAAGCCAAAGGAACCAGACUUGCUAAGCCAGUUCUAUGCUUGGGAUUAAUGUGUUUAGCCUUUCUUACUGGACUCAACAGAGUAGCAGAAUAUCGAAAUCAUUGGUCAGAUGUGAUAGCAGGCUUUCUGGUUGGAAUAUCUAUAGCAGUGUUUCUGGUCGUGUGUGUGGUAAAUAAUUUCAAAGGAAAACAACCAGAAAAUGAUCAUAUACACAUGGAUAAUCUGGCCCAGAUGCCAAUGAUCAACAUUCCUCGAGUAGAAAGUCCUUUGGAAAAGGUAACAUCUGUACAGGUAUCUCGACAUCAAUCUACUGAGAACGGUCAAGAAGAAAAUUCACAGGGAAGUUCCUUUAAAGACUGUCUUGCAAGGUUCUUCAGCUGGAUAAUGGGAAUAAGCCACUGUGAACACCUUCAAUUAAGGCAAUAAACAACCACAUCACCGCCUUUGCGGAAGUCACAUGAUAUUGAAGCAGAUGGUUUUUCCCUGCAUUGGACAUCAUCUCUUUUUACCAUCCAUUCAUAACACCCAAAGUUUGUUUGAUUUUAAAAGGAGUUUAUAAAGUUGUCUAAUAAUUUUUAUAAUUUUAGAAUUAAUGUCAGUGUAUCUGUUUCCCCCACUAGACUGUGAGCUCCUCGAGGGCAGGACUGUGUCUUUAUUUUCUGUAUCCCCAACACCUGCAACAAAACCUAGCACAAAGUAGGUGUUCAAUAAAAUGAGAUGCUCAAAGGAACAAAUUAAUUCUUAAAUAAAAUGUUCACUUUAAUUUUUCAGAAAUUUCUGAGACUGUAAAAAACUAAAACUUCAACAUGAGUCGUAUUUGUAUUAGAAAAACCACUAUUUUGGGCUAACUUUUUAAUUUUUCAUAUUAUCUGUUCAGUUGCAUAUCCUAUUUAAUUUGAAGUGGACUUUGAAAGUCAUGGGGGUUUUAUUUUAUUCAGCAUGACAUUAUUCCCAUUCUAACAGAUUUCAGUAUGUGAAAUUACUUUUAAAAACUAUGUCUUAUACUACUAAAAUAAUGUUUGCACAUUAUAUUAUGCUGUAUGUCACUUAAAAUAGCAUUCAUACUAUACAUUCUAAGACUGGUGCUUCUGCUUUUGAAGGGGAAAAUGCCAAUUUUUACUGUAAUAAGUAAUGUAUCAUAAUUAAAAAUUAUUUAUUUGGA